UAGCAACUCGCGAGUCACAGUCGCGGCCCUCCGCGCGCCCUUUUCCCGGCAGGGCUUAGUCCCAGAUCUUCCCGUGAGGCUCCUCGCUGCCUCGUGUCAGGCGGUGGGAGCCCAUGGAGGUAAAGGAGGAUAAGCAGCAAGAGCAUAAAAUAGAAGAUGCUGGUAUAAUGUAUAUAACUGAAAAAAAAGAAGAAAUCAAACAUGACAAAAAACCUGGAAAAAGUAUACAACAUUCAAAACCAUGUGUUGGGAGAGGACGUGUAUAUUACGCGAAAUUCAUUCAUACAAAUGCAAGAACAUUCAAUGAACCAGUUCCCUACAUAGAUCCCAAAAAAGGGCCAGAAAAGCAGGGUGACUGGUGGUCACAUGGUAAAAGACUGGAGCAUCCCUUCCAACCAUCUUAUGACACUAAGAGCACCCAGAGGAGUGACUUUCAAAAACCAGCAUGUCCAUUGGUUUUGCCAGUCAAACACAGCAAGUUGCAAAAGCCUUCUUGUGGAAUAGUUCCACUUGCCUCUCCUGAUGCAUCAGCAGAACUUCAAAAGAAUUUUAUACAGCACAUCUCUUUUUUACAUCAAUAUGAUGCUAGGAAAAAUCCCAAUGAGCCCAUCUGGGGAAAGCGACAUGGAGCUUUUGUGCAGACAGAGAUAAAACCAGGGAGUAGGCCAAUAGUUCCUACGGGAAUAGCGGUAUUACGGAAUGCUCCACGGUCAUGCUCAUCAGAAGUGUCCAAAAAAACAGAGAAAGGAAACUCAGCGGAAGGCAAAAUGAUCUCACCAGGUCUCUGCCGACAAAAUUCCCCAGAGCUGUCAGACACUGAAACUCCCUUAGCAGAAACAGAUGUCAGAGAGGCAGCCAAGGCAUGUCCCCGAAGUCCUGAGAGAAAGGAGAGGGUCACAGACAUCUUCCAAGUAACUGCAGUAAACGUUCUUCUCUCCGGGCAUGAUCAUUUCAAUCCACCAAUAAAGAGUCAGGAUAAGUCAGGAUAAAUUACCUUCUUCAGAUAAAAAUCUAAUCCUUGGAAUGGAGAGAAAUUGCAGAAUCACACAAACCAUCACAGUUGCUUUUUCUGUUAUCAAUAACCUCAAAAAAUUCAAUUUACAUAAAUGGGAAAAUGAAAAAAGACAAUUAAAGUGCACCAAAAAUUUAA